AUGCCCAAGAGGGACGAUGCUGAAGGCGAUGUCCAAAGCGCCAAGCGCAAGGAACCUGCUCCCACUGGUGCUGCCCCCUUCCCUCCAGGCGAGAAGGAAAGAGCACCCAGCACCUGCCAACGCUCCUGCCGGCUCUUAGCGAGGGAAGAAACCUUCUUCAGGACAGACACACAGACGGCUUUUGCUUUCUUCUCACCUGCAUCUCCAGCUGAGCGUCCUCCAGCCCCUCUCCUGGAGCUGCCUCCUGGCCUGGCCGCUCUGCUCUCGGUGCUCGUGAGGGCAGAGCUUCGCUCCAGCAAACAGAAGCGUUUUUGUGAUUCAGUGAAGCCACAGAAGUUGAACACUUGCACCAGGUCGUUGUCCUUCCUGUCCAAAAGUAUCUGUCCUGCUGGGGCUGUAGGUAAAUGCUGCAGUCGCUGCCUAGGCUCUGGCCUAAGGCUGAGCAGCCUGGCCAGGGUGCAGGAAACUCCUGAGACCAGCAGACAUGACAGAUCAGAGCGUGAGGAGCAUCGAAACGCAAAGCUGGUGUGCGAGGUGCUGCUGGGGGAGGAGAGAAACCACGGAACUCCCCAGAUGCUGCCGGGCCGUCCCGCGGAGCUGCUGGGGACCAGCUGGGUGCUCCUUGCAGGGCUGCUGGUCCCUUUGCAACAGGCUGCGGGUCCCCUCGAGAGAAAAGCCGCCGCUGUGGGCUCCUCGGUGCUGCUUCCCGGGCCGGGUAACGUCACGCUCAUCCGCUCCACGCGGUGGGAGCACCUCAACGGCACCCGCUCCCGCACCGUCCUGCAGUUCUACGGGGGGUCUCGCAGCCCAGCCGUCCACGCGCCCUACGCAGGACGAGCCAUUUUCCAUCCAUCCAACGGAUCUCUCUUGCUGGAGGACGUCCAGGAAAGUGACAGUGGCAUCUACAAAGUGACUGUCAACGUGGGAGACGAGGAGAGCCUGAAAAUCCUGCUGGAAGUCCUCAGGCCCGUGUCUCGCCCUCGGCUCCGGAGCAGUGCCCUGGUGGCGCAGGCCACCGGUGAGCUGCUCUGUGAGGUGGCGGAGGGCAAGGUGGACACCAUCACCUGGAAGAAGGAUGGGCAGCCCCUUCCCCCGGACAGAGGUUUCCACCUCUCUGACAGCCUCAGCGCUUUGCACCUGAAGUCGGCGGAGAAGUCGGACUGCGGCUCCUACUCCUGCAACGCCAGCAAUGAGAUAAGCUGGCAAGAAACCGCCCUGAACGUCACCGUUGCAGGUCUCUCCCCGCCCUUGCAGGAUGUGCUGAGGAUUGCGGUGGUUGCUGUGGUUUUUGCUGCCGUCUCGGGAUGGGGAUUAAUUUUUCCCGUCUGCCAGUCUGAAAAGCUAAGAAUAAGGGGGGAGCUGUGGAGGUGGCUCAGCGCCUACACCUGCGGGCUGGUGUGCGUCGCCUCCAUCCUGGCCAGCACCGCCGGGAUCCUCUGGAUGCAAGAGGAAGGCCCUUCUAUUGCGAUCAUAUUGCCAGAGAUCGCCCUUACGUACGUGAUCGUGGUAACCUUCCUGGUCUCCGCCACCGUGACCUUCCAGCCUACGAAGCUCCUCCAACUGAAAAGCAAAACAGAACAGCACACGAUGGGUUACGCUGCUCCUGGAGGAGUGGUUUCGGUGGUGCUGACGACCAGCUUCCUCAUAAAGAACAUCCACCAUCGCCACGAAGAAGGAUGCACGGAGUUCGUGGACGUGACCGCCCUCACUGUCAGCACGGCGGCCGUGUCGGCCCUCCCGCUCCUCGCCAUCUUCCUCUGCUUACCAGGAAAGAUCAGAGAUUCGUUACAAGGACAGUUAUUAUCCAUUAGCCAGGCACAGCUCCCGCUCGUCCCUCCUGCUGCUGUAAGCUGCGGGGGGGGUCACACAGGGGGGGCCGUGGCACCCUCCCACAGGAUCCGGCGCUGCUGCGCUCGCUCGAGGAGUCGGAUCUCCAGAUUCAGAUCUGCUGUUUGCUGGAGUCCCCGAGGGAAACCUGGAUGCUGCUGGGAGGCCCGUCCAGCAUGUCUGGAGCAACCAGCCCAAGAGCACGUCGCGGCGGGAGGAGCUCGUCCCUCGUGCUGGUUUGAAAGCGUCCGCAGGGCUUUACCAUGUCACCCUGGCCGGCGGCGGCCGUCGCAGGCUGGGUCCUCCACAGUGGUGGAAAUCACAGAAAGAAGAGUUGCAGCUGAAGGAUCCUCCGUACUGAUGUACGCGCCGGAUAUCGAGAAUGUAAACUUCACUGAAUGGGAAUACAUAGGAAACGGGACUCACAAAUUCAUCCUGCAGUACUAUGCAGAUCACCAGGCUCCAACCAUUUACACAGCUUACCAAGACAGGGUGGUUUUCAACCCAGAGGAUGGCUCAAUUCUCCUGCAGAGGUUGCGAGAGGCAGACAGCGGCAUCUAUAAAGCAACCGUCGAUCUGAUGCAGGAUAAAUCUAGGACAACCCUCCUUGAAGUUAUCAAGCCUGUGCCCCAGCCGGAGAUCCAGUACCAUUCAAACCUGGCAGGAUCGUCCAUCAAGCUGGUCUGCGCGGUGCCAGAGGGAACAGUGACUUCCAUCUCCUGGGCGAAGGAGAGGCAACCCCUUCUCCCCGAGAAUUGCUACCUGCUCUCUGAAAACGUGCUGCAGAUACGGAAUGCGGGGAGGUCGGACUGCGGCUCCUACUCCUGCAACGUCAGCAACAUGAUAAGCUGGAAGGAGGCAGUCCUGAACCUGACAGUGACAGGUCUCACGUCCCGUGUACACUACGCGCAGAGGCUGGCCGUCGUCGCGCUGAUGUUCGUGGCCAUCUCCGCCGUCAUCUUCCUUAUCCUGCUCUGCCGGCUGGGGGAGCACAGGUUCGGAAAUGACAUACAUAAGUAUGUAAUUCUGUCCACUCACAUCCUGCUGUUUGUCUCCUCUCUCCUCCUUCUUGCCACCUCCAUCAUCUGGAUGCAUGAAGAAGGUCUUUGUGCUGCCUUUGUCUUGGUUGGGCUGUUCUUCUUCGCUGCCCUAAUCGCAACCGGCCAGGUGGUCGCAGCAGUGCUGUGGAGACCGGCAACUCUCAAACGCUUCAAAAUCAAAACGUGGUACCGUGUCAUCUGGAACUCCACAGCCCCCACAACACUGAUAGUCAACUUGUUGUUCGCCACCCCCUUGCUCUGCAGUAUCCAGAAGCUCCACGAGCGAGGCUGCGCAGAGGCCGAUGAUCUGCUGACCAGCUGUGUCUCUGCUGCCGUCGCGGUCCUCAUAAUGCUGCUCCUCCUCCUCUGGUUUCACAGGAAUAAGAGGAAGGAGGCGGUGAUGAAAACACAGCACACCACCCGGAGCACACAAGUCACGGACACCUUGGUGAUAGAAGAAACUCAAGGACACAGACAAGAAGGGGAGUUAACGGGCGGCCCCCCCCGCCAGCCGGGGAGCUGCGCUCACACGUCGGGGGCAGCCGGGGAAGAGCCCCCCAGGGCUGGGAACCUGCCGUCGGCUAAAGCAAUGCACACCUAAGAUCUGCCUCUAGCCCAGCACUAGCAAGGCAAGGCUUUUGGCAAAAAUCUUGCCACCCAGCUCUCCAAGCAAUAUCUCCAGGUGACAAAAGAUACUCCCCUCACCCCGCUUUCCCUGCCCUCGAUUCAUAAAACCCAGGCUAGGAGAAAAUACGAGCUGUUGCUCUUGCUAAUGCUGGUCACCACCCAAGCGAGGGCAGCUCUUCCAUAAGCCUAAAAUUGUACCAGACUCCAAGCUGGGGGUUAACCAUCCUCACUAACACUGUCACACCACGUGCCCUCUUGUUUAGUAUGUUAAUGAGCCAACAGCAACAGCAAAACCAAAAACAAACAGCAAAAAGGCAUGUAAAUGUCGAUCAAGGGAAAAAGUUUGUCAAGGAAUUUGAUGCCAUCGUCUCAACCAGAACAUAUCGCUGCUAUUAAUUAGCACAGCCGACUGCAGAAGAGCAGGCUGGGUCCCAGCUUUAGCUGCUGGCCCGGUCAAUAUUUGUUCCUGUAUAAAAGAAGCACAUUCCACACUGCCCAAGCGCCGCUGAGAUGUGCUGCUGCCCCUGUUUUUGCUUCCGAAGCUUUAAGCUGGCCCUGGUUUGCUUUCAGCAGAGCUCUGCUGGGCUGUGACCCCGUGAAGUUUUUGGUGUCAGCACCCACGUGUGACCACGGCUGCUUCUGUGCCGCUUCCUCCUCCUGCCUUUCUAAGUCGCUUUUUAAAGUGCAACGGGUGGGGCUGGUGGCAGCUGUGUGAUCGCACCUUCCCCUCCAGCUUGCCUUCCCCCAAAUUUGCAAAGCAAAUGACCCCGUGCCACAUCACCUUCCUCGGAAAACUCAGCCCAAGCCCUUGUCUGUCUGUCCUACGCCUGCUUCUGUCCUUGCCUGCUGCCAGCUCCUCCAGGCCCACCCUCGACCCCACGCUCCCUACCUUGGGAAGGAUGCCUUGCCCUUGGGAAGGAUGCCUGACCAGUAAAGGCAGCUCCAUCCGCACCCUUAUGUACUUUCAGGGUGGGAUUUUUUUCUAAUGUAUUUUAAAACAUUCCUAAACUAGAUUGGCCUGAGCUGGUUUCCCUUCCACAGGACGUCACCCUUGAAUUCAUGCCAUGGCCUUCAGCAGUUUCCUUUGCAGGUUGUAGCAUUUUAGGUAACGUUGUCGUAAGUUCUGCUGAGGUCCUUUUUGUUGUUCCACUCAGACAGGAUGUCAGCUCUAAACCAUGGUCAUCUGUAAAAAAAAAAAAGGCAAAGGAAAAAAAUACCUUAUCUUAUUUUUUCUUCAUUUUGUUACAGCCGUUCUAAUAAAUACAUUUUGCUAGGAUACUUCCAUGUGUAUCCCCAUCUUGGUUCCUCAAGCACAGGAUGACUCCAUCCUACUCCCCGCCCCGCUGAUGGGCUGGUUCCUGCCCUGGGGGAAGGGAUAAACAAAAGCCCACGGAGACACAGCCCAGGUAGAGGGACAAAGGGAGAUGAUGCCAAAGACCAAAAAUCUCCAGUCACCAACUGAUGGGCCACGAAGAACCGACAGGCAGAGCUUUGGAGAGGCCAAACCUGGAGUUUGCAACUGGUGGAACCGAAACUGCUCCAAAUAGUGGUGUCCUACGCCCCCUCACGUCGCUAUGGUGUAAAAAUUACUCGCUUUCUACCCAAAAUGGAGCUUCUCCCUGCAAGAAUUUCUCUACAUGAGUCAGGACCUGUGCAGGGGGAUGCCUGACUGACUCCAGCUUCCCAGACAUGGAUCGUCCGUGCAGGCAGACUGUGUCCCUCGUCGAAUGGCCUCGCUCCUGGGAGCACUUUGAUGAGCACUAUACUGGUAACAUUUCAAAUAAUACGUAUAUAUAGGUAUUCCUAUAAGGAAUUAAUCAUAGAUAUACAUACUUCUAAUACAGAUAUGCAGAUAGGGAGAUAUGCAGAUAAGUAGAUACUUGCUGCUUUAGUAGUGGUAAUUUUGAUAGUAGCCUGAAAUAUAUACAUAUACUUGCUUUUCUGGGAGUCAUUUUGUUGUAAUGUAAAAUACAUACUUGCUUUACCAAU